UUUUUUUUCUCUUCUUUUUAAAAUUUACUUUACAAAUCACCUUCUACUUAACAUUUAUAUCUUAUACAAAUGGCGUCUCUUGUAUAUCCAUUCGUAGGGCCAUUAGUCAUUAAUUGUCUUUUAACGAUUGGUGUUUGUUACUACAUGAUCAAAAGCUCUGUGUAUAGAUCACCGAUCACGUACUUUUCUUUUUUAGCUACUCUGUCCGCAUUGUUAGGCUCAAUUUUUAACGCCGCAGUUUAUAUGGACUGGAGCCGUUAUUAUACACUCAGAUCAGCUAUGUCAAUAUUAUCUGUUAUCUCAACUUCGUCUUUGUUUGUACCAGGAUUAAUCGGCUUCCAUCGUAUUUCUAAGCAAAAGGACAACAAAGCAGGUGUUUAUAUUUCAGUUGUGGGCUACUUAUGGGCUUUUGUUUUAAGUCUCAUGGUUAUUGUAGUCUAUGCUAUGUUUGAAAUCCAAGGCAGCAUAGACUCUUACUAUGUACGUUAUGUCUUAGCAUAUGGACACUGUGGACUUGCUUUUUUGGUAGUUGUCCUUUGUUUGAUGACUCACCAAUACUUGCAUGGAAAAGCUAAAAAAAGUUUGAUUGCUUAUACAUCGCUUUUUAUUAUAUUUGAGAUUUUCUUUUUUAUCGUCAGCUUUGCUGUUAGAUCUGGAGUCGCUUACUAUGGUCUGACACUGGUUUUUAUUGACUUCGCAACGGCAUUAGCAGUACUUAUUUCUGUAAUGUAUGGCCAUCUUUGGACUGCAAUGGAUGAUUUAAGUGAAACUGAUUCGCAUGAAAAGCUUGAGGUUGGCAGCUCGCAGGCUUAGAAAAUUAGUUCACAAAACACAAAGAAGGCGAAACUUUUUCUCUUUCACAAUAUUAGAAUACUUUAAUUGAUUUAUCCUUCCCCAUAAUAACAUCUCGAGCAUAUCAAUAAAUUUCCUAAUGUAUUAUACAUUGUAUUUCAAUUUUCAAAUAAAACCGUUAUUAUCACUUACGUUA